AUGGGCGGUUGCGUUGCGCAGCUCAUGGCUCUGAACGCGCCGGAGCAGGUACGGCGAUUGGUGCUCUGCGGAACGACUCCCAGCUCCGGUGACGGCGUUAAACCCUCGCCCGAUGGCAAGGCGUUCAAGCGCCUAAAGGCGGCCAGGACCGUGGAGGAGGAACAGCAAGCUUUCGAGGAGGGCUCCUUUGUGCAGCGCUCUGAGCGUAGUCGAGAGGCGGGUAAGCGAGCAUGGAAGCGCAUCGCCAACAGUAGAAGCGACUCCGGAGAGGUGAGAUGCGAACCAGUGCCUCCGGGGCCGGCUCAUAAGCAGGCGCUUGCGUUUGUCAGGUUUAUGGAUAAGAAAAACGCUUCCGAGGGGAGUUAUGACCGGCUCGGCCAGCUGCGUCUGCCGGUGCUAAUCGCCAAUGGUGAGUUUCUCUCGCGUCUGCUUCUACCCCCCUCCCUCCCUCUCUCUCUCUCUCUCUCUGGCCCCCUCUUAAGUCUAAUUCUAGCGGCGGCCCCCCUAACCAAUGGAUCGAGCAUCCGUCGGGCCACUGCGUAA